AUGGCCGCUGCAAAGACGAUGGUUCAAGAAGAGGGGCUUACACAUACACAGGAUGAGGAUGAUUCAAUGGGAGAAGUCACUGAUUCGUCUGAAUACGUUGAUGAAUGGAUCGACCUAUUCCUUGGUAAGAAGGGUCAUGAAUAUUUCUGUGAUAUCGACCCAGAUUACAUUACGGACCGUUUCAACUUGAUUAAUUUACAAAAGACAGUGUCUAAAUUUUCACAAGUGGUGCAGUAUAUUGUGGAUGAACUAGAUGAAUCCAUUUUGGAGACCAUGUCGAAUGCCCGUUUGGAACAAUUAGAGAAUGAUGCUCGCAAAUUCUAUGGACUGAUUCAUGCUAGAUACAUUAUUACUGUAAAGGGGUUGCAGAAGAUGUUGGACAAGUUCAAAGAUGCAGAUUUUGGCCGUUGUCCUCGUGUAUAUUGUAAUUACCAACCUCUGCUACCAGUCGGAUUACACGACACCCCCGGUAUGGAUUGCGUUAAGCUAUAUUGUGCCUCCUGUGAGGACUUGUACAUUCCGAAAUCCAUGAGACACAGUUGCAUCGAUGGAGCCUUCUUUGGGACGAGUUUCCCCGGGAUGUUCUUGCAGGCCUUCCCUGAGAUGGUCCCCAAACAUCCCACCAAGAAGUAUGUGCCCAAGAUAUUUGGAUUUGAAUUGCAUAAGCAGGCUCAAUUGGCACGUUGGCAAGAGUUCCAGCGUCUCAAACUGGAGAAGAAGUUGAAGACGUUGGACGUGGAUUUGACGAAGAACGGCGGGUACAGCGCUUGA